UGGAUACCUUGACGAAUGCUUUGUCUUGAUGCUUCUCUUCAGCUCAUGAGAUUGAAAGAUAUGCAUGAGAAGGUGGCACACUCGAUGCUUGAGGUUCUUCUCCACUGAGCAAACUUCUCCACUGAGCAAACGUCUCCACGCUCAUGCAAUUGCGCUUACUCCAUUCGAUAUUCAAGAGAUGAGUAUGACUUCUUCGUAUCCUCUUAGUCCUCAGCCAGCCUACGCAUGCGACUCAUGUUGUUCUCAACAAUCAUGCUCCUCGCUUUGGACUCGGUCGACGGCAGUUGCUUGGAUCGAGUAUUCAGAGUCAAUGAGUCCGUCUUUCCGCCCGGAGUACCUAAGGUUGGCUCUAAACCCCGGCGUUUACUUGUCAAGUUCUCGCAAUUAAUAGUCAGGCUGACAGCCAGUGGCAACACAAGUCUAGACUUACAAUUAUUGUGGAGGUUUUGUGUCACGGUCUCUUCUUUCUCGUGCGUUUAUGGAAUGAGCACUUACUUCUCGAGCAGCCGUCUUGAGGUCUACCAACUGACUUUUCCAGCAAGGGACUCUUCCAGUGCCGAACGAUGGUUGGUCCCUACUCCUUGUGCAAGCUGCCGUCUAGCUUCCGUCUCUAGAGGAACCAAAGCACUUCCAAUCUGAGCCAAGUUCGUGCAGUUGCAAGCAAGCAAGCGGCCAAGUCACAUCGCAGGGCAAGUUCGUCCGUCGACCACCUGGAGCGUAGUUUAAGCGCAAGCUGCUGCAACGCUAGAUAUGAGCGACCAGGGUUGAGGAACGAGUCAGCGUGAAUCUCAGCGUCGUUCAAACCAUGCUCGCGGGGUUUUGACCGAGUCGACGGGUUAAGUGGACGAACCGGACGUUGGAAGAAACUGGCUUUUCUCAAUGAAUCUCUCGACGGUUGAAACGCAAACUCGGACUCGGACUAUAAGAAGGAUUUCGGAGGCAGCCGCGAGACACCGGUCCUGGAAAGCGUGACAGCGCCGGACCAAGAAUCUAAACCCUCGACGCGACGAAGGCAUUGACAUGGCAUGAUUUGAUGAUUUGGCAUCCGAAUAUGCGGUUCAGAAAUCCUGGAAAAAGUUUCGGAAUCUUGACCUGGACCAGUCUCCAUAAAUGAACCGUUAAUCGAAGCCUGCUCUACUAGAGGCUGUACGUCAGGCACUAGGUUCAUGGAUAUGGACGAACCGCAAGUGUGAUGGGCAGCGCCGGGCCCCCAAGCCAUUGCCCCACACACACAUCGACCCCAGUACAGAAAGUGUCGCCCGUCUCGAGCGUCAGAAGUUGUAUGCAACAAUGUCGAAGAGCCAAGGCGAGGACCCAUGCGCGAGGGUUUGUUCGUCGUCGUCAAUCUGGUAUUUCGUUCAACUUCAGCAGGACGCAUGUGUUCCGUCAUCCAACCGCUGAUUCUGAUGGAGUACUAAAUCUUUCGGUCAUGACUUGAGCCAAAACCUCAUGAUAGUUUUCUUCACGAUGGUGGUGACUUUAAUGGCUUUCUCUCACGAGGUCAUCUCAUACCCAUCUCUAUGUGUUGUAAUUUUGUAAGAAGAUAAGCUGGAGCUGGAAAGACCAUAAUUCUAGGAAACUUCGUGCUAACAGAACAGUCUUUUUCGUUGUGUUGGUUCUCCUGAGAAAAUGUUGCUUUUGUCUUGUUGUCGUAACGAACCGUGUAGCAAAGGUCCAUCAGUGGAAAUCUGGACGCCACGAUGAACCGAUUCCCAAAAUCCUGCAACUGAAAAUGUCUUCUCCGGACAAGAUAUUCUGUCGUUAUUUUGAAGGUUUAAAAAUGCUGUGAAUGGAAUUCGAGUCAAAGCUCUCAUGUAGCAGAAAGAUGAAUUGCAUGUCCACAAAGGAAACGAAUUAAUUCCAUCUUUUGUCUAAGCUAACGGAGAAAGUUGGCUUCUCAUGUAAGAGGUUGCUAUUGUUUGUAUGUGUGUGUGGUCCUUCGAGGGCAUGGGUUUAUUUGUCAAUAUCACAAAUAUUACUCCGAUCGUUAAUAUCCUCGCAUCUCGAAACCAGCGACUUAGAGAGAAGAGGGCAGAGAAAGAGAGAGAGAGAGGAGUGGAGGUGUACAUCUUGGGCUUACCAAAUGAUUCGAUCAGCCUCAAUUCCAUCUGUACAUGUUAAAAGCAAUCAUGGUACGGAGAAUUCCUUGAAAAAGAAAGAGCAAAGAAAAAGCCUAUAUUAUGUACAUCAACACGUUACUUUCUGAACAUUUUACGUACUGGUAGGUAUUGUAAAGCGUGUCUGUCUACAUACGAGUGAUUGAUCUCUUGUCCUCUUGUGUGUAGAUACUAAAAGAUGUGGUCCACUUUCGAGAAAGGGAAUCCCCUUAUGUUAUUAUUAUGAGUAGGGUCUAGUCAUACCUUUCAUAUCCGUUCAGAUAGUUUUUAUUCCACGAGAUAUAAGGAGCACUUUCAGAGCUUAUGUGGUAGAUAUUUUCAAGUAGCUUGAAACGAAAAAUCUCGCCGAUUGACCACAAGUCUAAAUCAAUCAAUCUCUCUCUCUCUCUCUCUCUCUCUAAUUCCAGCUUUGAUAUUUUUGGAGUUUUGCAUGCAUGUGUGCUGAGCAGUGAAUUGGCAGGCACCAUCCUCUCCCACCGAACAAGGAGGACGAGGAAAGAAAAAGGGUUAGGAAGAGGGGUUCCCACAUUGCCCACGCUUUCCUUCUGUUUCUGGUUGGGUAUGUGGAGGCUUACUUGGAUUAGAAGUGUUAAGAUUUAAAAAACAUUAAGUGCUUCUAUAUUUCUACUUAGGUUGAUCACUACUGUAAUCUAAUCAUGUAAAGUCGGCUGUACUUUCUAGGUUCCUUUUGAUACACUGCAUGAGAUGAUGAGUUGUGUACAUCACUAGGCUACUGUGAAGUUCCUUACAUGGAAGUAUUAAUUUUAGUGCGCUGUUGGACGCUCCUACGCCAUG